AUGGCUCGAGUGAAAGGCGCACCCUGCGUAGAUCGAAGCCCGGUUUCGGGACCGAAUCCUCCUGCGUCACCGGAAAUCCGUUACCGCGGCGUUCAAAAGUGGCAAUGCGGCCAAUACGCGGCGGAGAUAAGAGAUCCGUUGAAAGACGACACGGUUUUCGUUAAUUAUCCUACUUCAAGCGGUAUGAGUAGUACCGUUGAAUUGUUCAGUGGACCUAGGGUUGGUUCUUCUUCAACCUCUAGGGUUUCAACCUCUAGGGUUCAUAUGUUUAUUCCUGUGGGUUGUCACAGUGAUUGUGAUUCUUCUUCAUCUGUGGUUGAUGAUGAUGAAGAUUGUGUCGUCGUUUGUUCAUCGGUUCGCAAGCCUCAGCCUCGAAAUAUUGAUCUCAAUUUGCCUGCUCCGAUGAACUACAAUGAUGAAGAGAUCUGCGCCAUCGACCUAAAUCUCUGA